GAUCAGUUUUUGCAAAAACUUCACGUUGAUGCGAUUUUUGUUGUUUUCUCCUUCACACACACCCUAAAAAAUUUCCUCUUGCGAAUGAUUUUCCCCAUUUUUGGGGCUAUUUUCCGCCUUUUCCACAAUGUCGGACAAUAAAACGAAAGUCGAAAAGCUCGCAGAAGGGAAGAAGAAGCUCAAGAAGUUCCAAUCGAAGCAUAAGAAGCCAAAGGAGGAGGAUGACAAGGGAUCCAUUGAGCAAUUGAGUACAACUUCGGAAAAUGGAGCUGAGGCAGGUGCUGAAGAAGCCGCGGAAGUUCCUGCUGAGACCUUCCCACCGGCUUCUUCAGUGUUUCAGAGUGCGGAAGUGAGUGUACUGGACAAUUUGGGGCAAAUUGUGAUGCAUGAGGAAGGGCAAGUGAAGAAUUUAACUAUUCCGGAAGCUCAUGAGCGACGACGGACUCCACCACAUCAUGAGAGCCUCAAGGAUGAAUUGUUUUCCCUGCUGCAGAAUGAGAAGACUCACUGUGAGGUGCUGGAGGAGCGCUUGAAGGAGCAAUGUGGGGAAAUUGAGGAACUUCGAUGGGAACUCCAAUCAAUUCGUGCUGAUUCCGGGGAUGUGGCGCAUCUCCGGGAACAGCUGCAGGGUCACAUGCAAACUCUGGGCAUUCUAGUGGGUGAGAAAGCUGAGCUAACGGCAACACUCACCACCAUGCAGGCGGCUGUGCGUGAAAGGAAUCAGGAAGUUGAGGAGUUGCAGGCAAAGUUGAGCGCAUCACGGCAUCAGGUGCAGGAUAUGCGAGUGGAAAUGGCACAAAUGAGGGAAUCUCUGGGGAAAUUCGAGCACACCCAGCAGCAUCUCUGUGCUGAGAAUGAGACAGCACGCGAGAGGAUUCAGCAUCUCUCGGGGAAGUGUGAGGAUUUGACGGAAGAACUCGGUGAGAUGAAGCAGAAGCUCCUUGUGAAGGGGAAGGAGUGCACAGCACUCACGGAGGAGCUGCGAAAGAGGGAUUCAGACCUAGCAUUGGCACAGCUACGAGUGGAGCAACUCUCAGCUGGUGACACCCAUGCGGCAGAUGCCAAAAUUGAGGGCGCAGCCCAGCAACGGGGUGUGUUGGAGCAUCAGGUGCGUGAGUUGUUGACACAGCUGGAGAAGAUGACGCAGGAACGCGAUCAGGCGGCCACGCAGUACCAAAACUACGUGACACAGCUCAAUCGGGAGACAACAACGCUCGCACAGAAGCUCCAGGAGACGGUGCAGGAGCGGGAUUUGCUGGCAAAGCGUGAGGAUGAGCUAAUGCGGCACAUGGGGGAGCUUGAGAGGCAACUUCAGGCACAAAUCGCUCAGCCAAAGGGGCAGCAGAAUCCCCCACAAGAGCAGGAGAGAGAGGAUGAUGGUGCAGUGAAGAAAUUGCAGGAAAAUCUCCGGGAAUUGCUGAAGGAGAAUGAAAUUCUCAAGAAGUCACUGAGCGCAGCCGAAGCGAGUAGUUUGAAGCUUCAAACGGUGCUGGAGGAGAAGAUGAGUCAAAUGGGGGAGAUGGAGAUGAAGGUGGAACGCCUGGAGGCAUCCUACGUUGAUCCAUCGUCCCUCAGUGCAACGCUGGAGAGUGAGAAGGUGGCAGCAGCACGUGCUGUGGCGCAAAAUGUUGAGCUGAAGGCACAACUGGAGGAGAUGCAGCGUGCCUAUGUGCAGAUGACGCACGACAAGGCAGAGCUGAUGGAUAAGCUGCAAUCGGAGCAGCAUCUUGGGCGUGAGAUGCGUGGCAAGGUGGAUGGGUGGGAGGUGGAGGUAGUUGGGCUGCGGGAGAAGCUUCACUUCAAGGACGAAGAGAUGAUGAGGCUGUCACAUGAGAAUUCCGAACUGGAGAAGAGAACAUUGCUGCAGAGUCAGGAGCUUGAUCGGCUGCGACACUGUGAGAUGGGUCAGCAAACAAGUAGUGUCCUUCAGAUUGAGAUACAGCGGCAAAAGGAGGAGAUUUCACUCCUUCAGGGGAUUAUUAGGAAGCUCGAGGAAGGUGCAAAAGAAUCCCCGGACAAUGAAGAUGUUUCCGGAGAAGAUAAAACACCCCAAGAAGGCAAAGAAGCCAUAGAAGAAGCUGACGUACAUCCAGCACAGGAGGUGACAGAGAAUGGGAUAAAGGAAAACAUUCUACCAACGGAGGAAGCAAUGUUGCGAUUGGAAGAACGCUUCCGGCGUACAAUGGAUGACAUUGCCGAGUUGACGGAGGAGAAGCAACGUCUUGAGCAUCUUGUGACACAGCUACAGGGUGAAACGGAGACAAUUGGUGAAUAUGUAACGCUGUACCAGACACAGAGGCAAAUCCUGAAGCAGCGUGAAAUUGAGAAGGAUGUUCAGGUGCAACGAAUUGCCGCCGAUAGGGAGGAGAUGAAGCAGAAACUCAUUGAGUUGAAUGGUUUAGUGGAAUUAUUGCUGCGACAGAAGAAUAUUGACAUUCCCACGGUACCCAUGGAGGUGAAUGGGGAUGCCCAAGAGGUGCCACAACACCUUUCCGGAACACCCAAAGAUGAUAACAAUCAGCAAUGGGCUGAGUUGAGCCAUUCCGGGGAGACUGCUGAGAAGAUUCUAAAUCUCCUCACGGAAAUUAAGACAAAUAACCUCAAUACGAGCAAUCUUGUCGUUCCCUCCGGCGUUGUUCAUCACUGCUCCUGCUGUUCCGGAAAACUAAUAACGGUGUAGAUUAUAAUUAUGUAUAUUUAUUCAUUCGCUUCUAAAGCAAGUCGGUGUUCAAUCGCCCCCCAAAUAAACGAGCGUGCUGUAUUUUUUAUCAUGA